AUGCAAUUAUUAAGGCCUUCUUCCAGCGUAUGCUAUAAGUUGAAACUACCACAAGUAGAUACUAUCACAUCUAAUACUUUAAUAAAUGACGUAGAUAAAAAGUUGUUGACUUUAAAUUAUAGAACCGGUGCUGCUACUCAUCUGUCUAGAUCAAAUGUUUUUGUUCAUGGUGGUAUUAUUAUCCCAUUAAAUCUAUCCGAUAUCACUACCAAAUCUAUUCAGGAGGAACUAAUGCUAUAUUUCGCUAAACAAAUCAAUUCUUCUUCUUCUUCUUCUACCACUACCAAUACCAAUACUAUUAAUAAUAAUAAUAGUACUUUCAGUUACUCAUUAGAUGAUCCAAUUUUGUCUACAAAUUUUGAUACUCUCUAUGAUUGGAUUAGUCCAAAUCUUUUCACUUUAGAUCUAAUCACAAGGAAAUGGUCGCAUUUCGACACUUUUUAUCCAGAAGAUUCGAAUACACUGAAAAGAUUGUUCCAUUCGAUUGUGCUUCAUGAUGAUAAACUAUACCUAUUCGGUGGUCUUAUCGUGUCUCCAACUAAUGGCUACGAACUGAUCGCAUCAAAUGAACUAUGGGAACUAGACCUAACUACCAGAAAUUGGAAACUGCAUGACAUCAACCCAGACCUCACUAGACGUUACAACCAUUCCAUGAUGGUCCAUGUGGACUCAACAGAUACACCAAGACUCAUUAUUGUCGGCGGGAAAGAUAAUUUAGAUCACAAUAUCGUUCUUGUUGAUAUUUUUAACAUAAGCACCGGUGUUUGGGAGUCCUUGGAUUGCUAUAAAUCUAAAGGUCAAAGAAUCGUGACUAACAUUAAUGGAGUACCUAACGGGAUAACCAAAUCAAAUAAUGUCCCUGUGUUGAUAGAUAAAGAUAUCGUUCGCCAAAAUAACCCAAAUGAAACUUCUCUGGAUGGGAACCCUCACAUCAACACCAACCCUAACACGAGUAAUAGUAAUGGUGGUAACAACACUGGUAUAGAUCAGAAUAAUAAAAACGUUAUCGCUUCUACUUUAGCUACACUCAAGAAUAACGAUAAUUCUACACAAAAUGAUUGUUCAUCGGAUCAGAAUAUAGUGUCUGAUAUCCCAAUAAUUGUCUACUACAAUAGAAAUGAGAGUAAUAACAACUCAAUCUGUGAUCAAAUGCCAAAUGAAGGAGAAAUACCGUCUCCAAUUGUAGCAUUAUCAUUAUUACCAAAUUCUCAAGGUUUAAGAAUGAAUUCAUUUCAAGAUAAAGAAACCUUAAUGAUACCGUUGAAUCUAAAAAACUUAUCAAUAUCAUCAUAUAAAAAGGGACUCAUUUUAACAGGGUUUUAUCCUACAACAAAUAGCUCAGAUUUUCAUUGCUAUCUUUAUGACCUAUCGUGUGCAUUCUGGACAAAAGUAGCUAUUGAUUGUCCUGAUAGUGAUAUUAACCAUCAUAGAUUUAAUGAACUAUUUGUUUGGAAGUCUCAUCAUAGAGCAAUUGUGUUAGGUACAGAGAUCGAUGAUCAUUAUGGUCCAACUGUACAAAGAUUUGAUUAUUUAUUAUCUUUCAGAUUAGCAAUGAUGAACGUCUUAAAAGAGGUUCCCAGAUAUAUACUGGAUCAUGAUAAGGGAGAAAUGGUUCCUUUAAUUCCAGAAUUGGAUAGGGAAUCACCAAUAUUGAGAAGAAACAAAUCCAGUAAUACUUUAUCAAAUAACAGCCCAUCAAACAAUAUAUCACAAUUUGAAAAUUACAUUAAAUACAUAACCACACCUUUAGAACUAGAGUCUACUAGUUCUGUGUUUCCACCUUAUGCAUUAGUCCUUGGGAAGGAUUCAAUGGAAGUCUUUGGGCAAUCUAUUUCUGAUUUUGAAUUUAUAUCGUCUAAUGGAGAAUCUAUUUCUGUGCCAAUGUAUCUUUUAAGGAAAAGAUGGGGCAGAUAUUUUGAUAUGUUGUUAGCCAGAGCAUAUUCACAAGUACAUAAAAAGCAAAACCCACAAGAUAAAAAAAAAUCGUCUUCCCAAAAAAAUACAAUCAACCAUUCAAAUAUCACAAAAAAAAAAUCACCGGCAUCAUUCAAUUUAAAUACAAGGAAAAAUGACUCACCAUCUUCUCACAAUAGUGAUGGAAAAUUAUCACCUUCAUCGUCAAUCCCCAAUUUAUUGAAUUCAAAAUAUUUAACUACUGAUAAAAAUAAUUCUAAUCUAUUGAACCAUCAGCAUGCUACAAGAUCGAAUAAUAUGACAGAUAUUCCUAUAUUUCGAGUUCCAUUCCAAGAUUCCCACCAAACUAACACACAUAUUAAAGAUACUAAAUCUCUGAAGAAAAAUAGCACUUUGAAUGUAAUUCAUUCCAGUAAACCACACCAAAGGAGAUCAUCUUCUGUUUUGGGUUCAAUAACACAUUUAAGAAAUACUGCUGGAAUUGAAUUUGAAAGACGUGCUUCUCAUCCAAUAGACUUUGACUCUUCUCUUACCAGCAAUGUAGUUGAUAAGAUCAACAUGUCUUGCACAAGUCAUACAAGUAGAAGAUCAUCACUUCGAAAUCUUCCAAAUCCGCAAUGUUCGAGAAGACCAUCGACUAUGUCACAAAAUACUUCUGGUCGUGCAUCAACACUAUCUUUAGUAAGUUCGUCAUCAGACAGAAGAGGAGCCAAUGUUAAUUCUUUAACUAGUCGUCAUGAUAGUAUAGGAAACAAUUCUGAAAGCUCCUAUAAUUCAGUAACUUAUGAAUUAAUCAAUGUUUCAAUACCGUCUGGAUCAAUCCCACCAAUGAUUUCUCUCCCUCCUACACCUACAGGGUCAGUUAGUAGUGUUUCCUCUUCUCAUUUACAAAGACAUAAUAAUAAUAAUAAUAAUGUCUCUAAUUUGUUGAACUCGAUAGAUCAUACAAGGCCUCCAAAAACCAGACAGAAUUCUCUUGAAUUUUAUGCUUCUCCAAGACACGUUUCGAUAUCUUCUAGACGUUCAUCAUAUGAGUCAAGAUUACAGUCUAUGAAAUCGGCAAGCAGUGCCAGUUUCUCUGAAACAAUAAAUGAUCAAAGCAUAAUUGAAGAAGGUUUGUUUCCAUCAUCAAGACCCUCCACUUUUUCGCCUGCAGUAUCAUCAUCACCAUCUACAUCUUCUUCAUUCUCUGUUGCUGCAUCGUCACAUGGCUCAAUAUCAUCCUCUAAAUCUUUUCUAUCAUUGAAUACUGAUGAGUUUACAUCUCAUAAUCCAAUAUUGGAUCAAUUUGAUUUAGAUCCUUUAUUAAUCCCCAGAUCACUAUAUAUGCCAUGGUCAACUAAAACAGUAAAAGCAUUCACUGAAUUCUUCUAUACGGGAAAAGUUAAUGGUCAGUGGGAUUUAGCACCCACAGUGUUAGAUCUAUUAAUCAUGUCAUAUUUAUAUGAAGUCCCCUUAUUAUAUGAUAUGAUAACUGAAGUGUUAUAUAUGUUGGUUGGUAAAAAAGAGGAAACAUUAAAAUUAACAACAAAGAAUAUGAUAAAUGGAUAUAUGGAUAUGAUGCAAAUAUUCCAUAAUAAUGAAGAUAUAGAGGGAGUUGAAUCUUCAUUAGCGGCGAAUGAAAAUUAUCAGAACUUAUUACAAUUGAAAGAAUCACUUGAUAAUAUUAAUAAUGGGUUUGUAGACAAGCAUAUCUUAGAAAAAUACAUUUUAAAUAAGCAUGAGAGUAGAAAAAUUAGUAUUGUUGAUAAUGUAUUAAAUGGAUAUAGUAGUGUUUAUCAGUCAGAUAUCUUGUCUAUGGGUAAAAGAAGGAGAAAGACUGCAACAGGAGAUAGUACUGAUAAAGAAAUGCCAAAUAUUGGUAUAGUCUAUUCUGGAGGGCCAAGAGAUAGUCAAGACUCUCUAGGUUCCUUGCUGUAUCUCCGUCACAAAUCUAUUAUUAAUCCAAGACGGAAAAAAUCUAGUUUGAGUAAAGAAUUAAAUUUUGAUAUUUUAAACAGUGAUGAUAAUACAAAUAUCAUUAAUAAACAAGAAGAAUAUAUAGCGGAGCCACAAGAUGAUUUGAAUGAUCUUAGCGAAAAAUUGAAGGACUUUAAGAUCCGUGGGAAGAGUGUCUCUAAGGAGAAGAAUCUUGAUGAACAAGUACUUAAACCAUCACUUUCUUCUCCUUGUUCAUCGUCAUCAGUCUCCAGUGAUUCAGAAAAUGAGGGUGAAGAUGCGUAUUCAAUUGGUUCAAUAUCGUCUAGAAAGAUAAGAAGAGAAUUAAAGUUAGAAGAAGAACUCGAUGAAUCCAUUGAUCCCUUAUUGAAAUUAGGUAAUACUGAAACUAGCAAUAAUCUAUUAAAAAAUUCUAUUUUGAAUCAACGUAAUCUUCAUGGAAAUCGUGAUGGAUCCAUUACAUCUACAUCAUCUCCUCUUAGAUUGAACAAUUUUGAUGGACCUGUCCAGGGCGAUCCUAAGAGUAAGAAUUCUAAAGUCCAUGGAUUUGAUACAAUUGCGGAUAAAUUUGAAGAAGUUCAGGAUGUAACAUUGGAGAAUUUAGUAUCAACUUCAGAAAAAUCGAUAAUAUCGAUUGUGGAUUACAUCAUAAAAUUGAUCUAUCGUACUUCAGUAAUGGUUAAUGAUACACGGUUGAUGAUACGUUGUAUGGAUUGCAUUGAAUUUUCCAAUAUUCUAAAAAAAAUAAAAAUCAAUAUGAUAAAAGAUUAUAAUAAAUUGAGUCCAGUGAGGAAAAACACAUCUAUCAAGGUAAGUUCUUUAUCACCGGUUGUAUCUCCUCUAAAUAUGAAUUAUUCUAUUUCUAAAGGAGUAGAACGCCAAUCUAGUAUUCAUCUAUUAAAUACAGAGGAAGUUUCUACUACUCUCUCACAGAAAGUGACUUCUCAGAACUUACUUUUUGAAGAAAAUAAUGCUGAGAAGGAUUCAAAGGGUACUACGACUUCAAUUAUCAGUGGUACUAAUACUACUACUAGCACCACCACCACCACUAGUAGCAAUCAUAAUCGUAGUAUGAAGGAUUUUCCAGAAGAUAAAAGGGAAACAUCAUUACCAUUGCCAUCAAUGUCUCUUACUGGUUCUCUAACGUUUCCAUUUUUUGGCAAAAAACGAUCCUAA